AUGGACGGCGGGCCAUCCUCGGGUCGAGCACGACGAUCAGCUGCACAGAAGGCGUCUGCCAAGGUUGCGGCGCAAAUAUCCUCGUCCGAGUCGGGAUCAGAGGACAACAAGGAUUCUUACGGAUCCGCGCCUCGAUUGAAGAGAGCUAAACGGAGGCCACCACGGAAGAAAGUGGCCAAUGGCAGACCUAAACCUGGUCCUAGCAAGGUCAAACGGACUGACACGACAAUCAAGAGAGGAGUAAUGCGCGAUCCACGAAGUCAGUCCGACAGUGAGACAGAUGUCGAGUCGCCGUUGACCGACAUCGCGUCUCUCGACGGCUCACUGACCGACGCGGCCCUGAAAGCGACACCCAGGCCGUUGAAACGCUUAAGGACGCGUGAUUCCAUCACUCCUCCCCCUUCGUCGCUUGCCCCACCAUCGCGAACAUCUUCCAUAACCUCUUUCGCAUCCUUCACCGGCCCCUCAAGACCAGCAACAUUUGCGAACCAAUGGUCCACACCAUCACUUGGCACGCUGGUCUGGGCGCUGGUUGAUAGACACGGAAGCAGCUUGAGUGCGGAGGAAGCAUCGCGUCGUGGCGGAUACUGGUGGCCUGCGAAGGUUUCCGGAGCCUCACCCUUCCGCGUCAAGUUACUCGAACCGAUCGGACCAAACACUCUCGAGGAAACUGCAGUGCCGGCACCGUCGGCUUCCAACAUCUUGUCCAUGAAACUCCUAGACUCGAUCCGAUUCACGGCGUCGAAUUACCAGGUUCGCUCACGCAAUGACUCUGGCCCUGGCGCUGGAAAAUCCCAAAUCGAUAUGGAUGAAGCCGACCUCGACUGUCGCUUCCAUGCCGCAUUGGAGGCCAUGAAAGAGGAGGAUGAGCUGCCCAGCGAUAUUCACGGGGUGAUGAGUCAUCGGUCCUCUGCCACCAUAUGGAGCCCGAAGAAGGUGAAGAUUGAUCGCUAUACUCCCGAGGAGCUAUGGGAGCCUCCUGAGGCCGAUAUCGACCUUGACAUACCUGGCGAACUGGUACUCGCUCGAACAAAUCGCCGCGUCCCCUUCUACCCCGCACGCCUAAAAGAGUAUCUUCCACCUCGAACGAAGGACGAGGAACCGCGCUAUGUCGUGGAAUUCAUGGACAUGACAAGUGAUACAAUUCCACGGAAAUUUUUCUUCACCCAGUUGGAAGAUGGUUUCGAAACAUGCAAGCUCGGCGACUUUGACAGUGCAGUGAAAGCCGUGGAACACCAGCAGGAUAAUUUUGACUGGUACGAUGUUCUAAAGUCAUCCUCGGGAUCCCGAUCUCCCAGUCCAGAAGUAAUACUUCCUAUGACGGCUCCGUUCGAGGAUCUGCCUAUUCGCCGGCAGUUAGCGUAUCUCAAACCGGUGCUUUGUGCGGUGUUGGACGGCAAAUACACUCCCGCGCUCGAGUACCAUGAAAGCUUCAUGAAAGGCGGCAAGGCCAGGGCGGCCUUGAACGCAAUUGACCGCGUCGUCAAGUUGGGUGUCCUGGAUGAGCAAACACAGCAAGAGCUCACACACUGGAUUUACCGCCUGGUGAUGAGUAGCCGGGACCAGGAUGACGCUGGCGUGGACCAGACGCCUGAUUCCGGAACACAUCAACCGCCACUGGGAACGAGCAACCUGGACGAUAACGCUGACACUUCCCCUGCCCCUCUGAGUUCCGUACCAGAAGUAUCCCAGAUCCUAUCUCGGCAGGACAAGGCGGGGACCGACCACUCGACACAUGCUUCCGAGUCCGCGUGCAUUCCUGCUCCGCAGACGUCGGGCAAUGGCGAACUUCCCCGAUCUUCGACCCUGAGAUUCGAGGAGGCAGAAGAAACCCCCAGCCCUACGGAAGCUGGCGAUCCGUGUCCGACUUCGUAUCAGCGUGGUACACAAAGCUUUCAUUCACUGAACGAACGAGAGAAAUUGGAUUAUUGUUCAAGCGUUCUCAUGAGGGAAGCCGUAUACCAGCUGCUGCUCUGGCGAAAAGGCGCGCGUACCUGCCCGGAACUACAAAGCGACGAAAAGGAGCGCGAGCUCCGCCAAGCGGCGGAGGAGGAAGCUAACAAAUCUGAUUGGGUCCACGACGUGAUGCGCAUACGGCGGAUGAGGGAGGCGAUGGUUACGUCGUCUACUCGGGUACAGUCGCGUCAGAUGACUGGUCCUGGCGGCACUCGCUCACGUCCGAAAUGA